ACUGGCAUUCUGAGGGAAUCGGCCAGCGCUAGCUGGGAUUACUGUUUGUUUGCUGGCCGCCAGUCGCCGAUGUCACAUCGAAGACGCUGUUACGCGGUUUUGUAGAGCGCGCACAAAGCAAAUCGAAAAACUGUAGAUCGACUAUAGAUUUAAUAAACUGCCUGGCGACGUGCAAUAUUCUUCUUUAACUUCGAUCGUUUGAGCACGGCUGAUCGAAACAUAUGAUGUCGGCGCGAGAUCAGUUCUUCAACAGCGAUGGCGGCACAGCCGGCAUUGGACUGGGCAUUGAGAUUGGUGAGAGCAGCACAUCGCAGGUGGGACGCGGUGUUUACAAUGCCACCACAGUGCCAAUGACAAAUGCGAGCAGCUGGCGCAAUGGACAGACAAACACAGCAACCAAAACAACGCCCACUGCGAUUGCCACAACAACUGCCUCUCAGUUGGUUGCCGUCAAGCAAACGCCAUUGGAAUCUGUGGCCGAAGACGAAGAAGAUUUGGAUCAGAUGGAUGCUCUGUCCAAUUUGCCACCGCGCGAUGCGGUGGAUAUUGAGUUCAGGGAUUUGUCGCUGACGGUCAAAUUGGGCUUUAAUCGAGGUGAAAAAGAGAUUUUGCAUAAUGUCUGUGGCAAGUUUCCGGGUGGCCAGCUGAUUGCCAUAAUGGGUCCAUCUGGGGCUGGUAAAUCCACAUUGCUCGAUGCUCUAUCUGGUUUCAAAACAACCGGCGUAGAUGGCUCAAUACUGCUCAAUGGUCGACGACGUGAUUUGCCCUCAUUUCGUCGCAUGUCCUGCUACAUUACACAGGAUGAUCGUCUGCAGCCUUUGCUGACGGUUAGCGAGAAUAUGCAUAUAGCAGCCGAUCUUAAAUUGGGUGAGAAUGUCACCUACGAAGAGAAGGAAAGAAGAAUUGAAGAUAUUCUGUUGCUGUUGGGUCUUUAUGAUCACGACCAGACGCUGACAAUGCGUCUGUCUGGUGGUCAGAAGAAGAGGCUAUCCAUUGCCAUGGAAUUGAUUAAUAAUCCCACUGUGAUGUUCCUGGACGAGCCGACGACCGGCUUGGACAGCAGUUCCUGCACCAAAGUCCUGGAGUUAUUGAAACGACUUACAUCCCAGGGUCGCACCAUCAUUUGCACCAUUCAUCAGCCGACUGCCAAGCUAUUCCAGAUAUUCGACCAGGUCUAUGUGCUCUCAGCGGGCAAUUGUGUCUACCAAGGCGGUACCCAGAAGAUGGUGCCAUUCCUGCAUUCUGUGGAGUUGCCCUGCCCCAUGUACCACAAUCCAGCUGAUUACAUUAUUGAGUUGGCCUGUGGCGAGUAUGGCUUUGACAAGAUCGAUACGCUGAAGAGCGCCUCGGAGAACGGCAGCUGCCUGACCUGGUUCAACGAUCCCGGCUCGGUGCUGCGUGCUGAAACUCUGAUGCGCAAGCAUCCCAUACCCAGGCGCAAAAAAAACGUUUCCAUGGAGAACACCAGCUUCAUGAAUCAGUGCUCCGUACUGCUCCGACGCGGCUACAUUAAGGCUAGGCGUGAUACGACAAUGACACAUCUGCGCAUCAUCGUCAACAUUGCGGUGGCUGUGCUCUAUGGAGCCAUGUACGAUCGAUCCGGUCGCGAAGGUUCCAGAGUUCUUGAUAAUUAUAAUUUACUAUUCGCCAUAUUGAUGCACCAUUCUAUGACAACGAUGAUGUUGACAGUACUAACAUUCCCCAUCGAGAUGACCAUUUUAAUCAAGGAGCACUUCAAUCGCUGGUACUCCCUGAAGGCCUACUAUUUUGCGUUGACGCUGAUUGACCUGCCCAUAACGCUGUUAAGCACAUUGUUGUUUACGGUCAUCAUAUAUCUGUGGAGCUAUCAGCCCUUGGAAUGGGUGCGCUUCUGGAUGUUCUUUGCGAUCAGUUUGCUGAUUGUGUUUGUGGGUCAGAGCAUUGGUCUCAUCAUUGGCGCUUGGUUUGAUGUGGUCAACGGCACUUUCCUGGCUCCAGUGCUGACCAUUCCCAUGAUGAUGUUUGCCGGCUUUGGUGUCACACUGCGUGAUCUGCCCAGCUAUCUGAAAUGGGGCAGUCACAUAUCCCAUUUGCGUUACGGCCUCGAAGGCUUUAUAGCCGCCAUCUAUGGAUUGAAUCGUGGCACUUUGGCAUGCGAUGAGGCGCCAUACUGCCACUAUAGAUAUCCAAAGAAGUUUCUCGAGGAGAUUACCAUGCGUGGCGAUCAAUUCUGGAAGGAUAUCAUUGCAUUGUGCGUCAUGAUGUUCAUAUUCCGACUGGGCGCCUAUAUUGUGCUCAAGGCCAAGAUCAAAUCGAUCAGAUGAGUGUUGACCGUUUAGGAUCGAACUUAAACUUGCCCCCUGUAUUAUAUAGAAAUUCUUGUUGAACAUUACGUUUAGUGUUAAUUUUACUAAAUUAAUUACAUUAAAAAAGAAUUGUUAAUUAAAGCUACUCGAUGACGUGGACUCUAUAAAUAUAUAUAUAUUUCAUAUAUCA